GUGAAGGUGAAUUCGUGUGUCUGCUGGACCUUUGUCCCGUUAGAACCUGUGUGAUGCAGCUGAGAGUGGCUGGUCCCAGACCUGAGUUCACUGUGCGUGGGAGAACAACAGGUGGAGGACGGCAGAGAGAAAACAGGAGCUAGCUGGUUUAGUUUGUUACGCAACACUCUCUUUCCUCAGUUCCACACGUGACCGCGCUGAGCGCGUCGCGGACGUCGCGAGCGCGCACGUCCAGCUCCCUCGUUGGUUGGAUACCUCCUGGUGCUGAGGACAGGUUGUGAAGGGGGGGAGAGAGAGCACAGUUCUGUCUCUUUGACUCACUCACACAGCGAAGCAGGUGUGUGAGACAACCGCUCCCACUCACGUUGACAGUUCAGACACAUAUUCAGCCACGACAUUAACAUUCACACACGCCAACAACCAUGUUGUGGACAGCGGCUCAAGUCUUGCGGAGGUUCUCCACGUCGCACCAUUAUUACCAGAAUAAGCUCAAACUCGCCAUCAUUGGCCAGAGCCUCUUUGGCCAGGAGGUGUACACCAACCUGAGGAAGCAGGGUCACAAAGUGGUGGGUGUCUUCACUGUCCCUGACAAGGAUGGAAAAGCUGACCCUCUGGCUACAGUAGCAGAAAAAGACGGCACUCCAGUGUUUAAGUUCCCACGGUGGAGGGUCAAAGGCAAGCCCAUCCCGGAGGUGGUGGAGGCCUACAAGGCUGUGGGUGCUGAGCUCAACGUCAUGCCCUUCUGCUCUCAGUUCAUCCCCAUGAACGUCAUCGACAACCCCAAGCAUGGCUCCAUAAUCUACCACCCCUCCAUCCUGCCGCUGCACAGAGGAGCGUCAGCCAUCAACUGGACCUUGAUCGAAGGAGAUAAGAAAGCUGGCUUCACGAUUUUCUGGGCAGACGAUGGUCUGGACACAGGGCCCAUCCUGCUACAGAGGGAGUGCGCUGUUGAGCCCAACGACACUGUGGACACACUCUACAACCGCUUCCUUUUUCCUGAGGGCAUCAAGGCCAUGGUGGAGUCGGUGCAGCUCAUUGCCGAUGGAAAAGCACCCAGAAUUCCACAGACGGAGGAGGGAGCUAGUUACGAAGGCAUCCAGAAGAAGUCCAAUGCCAAGGUGGACCUGGCCCAGUCAGCUGAAGCCAUCCACAACUGGAUUCGAGGACAUGACAAAGUCCCCGGUGCCUGGACAGUAAUUGGUGAUAAGACUGUGACCCUGUAUGGCUCGUCCAUGUUGGGAGGGUCAGUUCCAGAUGGUCAGCCCUUGGAGAUCGAUGGGGCGUCCCAGCCAGGCCAGGUUACCAAAAAUGGGCUGGUCCUGUACGGGACUGAUGGAAAAGCUCUUCUGGUGAAGAGCUUGCAAUUUGAAGAUGGGAAGAUGAUCCCGGCUUCUAAAUACUUUGACUCUGGUGAAAGCUCCACGGUGGAGCUAACAGAUGAGGAGAAGAAAAUGGCCGAGGAAAUUAGAAGCAUUUGGAAGGGUAUCCUCUCCAACGUGCCCGCUGUUCAGGACACUACAGACUUCUUCAAGUCUGGAGCUGCCUCCAUGGAUGUGGUCAGACUGGUGGAGGAGGUGAAGCAGAAAUGUGCCGGUGUGCAGCUGCAGAACGAAGAUGUCUACAUGGCCUCCACAUUUCAGGACUUCAUCCAAAUGUUUGUCCGCAGGUUCAGGGGAGAAGACCAGGAGGAGGAGCUGGUCAUCGACUAUGCUACCAAGGAUGUAAACAACAUGACAGUUAAAAUGCCGUACCAGUGCUUCAUUAAUGGACAAUUUGAGGAUGCAGAAAAUGGAAAGGCGUACGAUACCAUCAAUCCCACCGAUGGAUCAGUGAUCUGCAAAGUUUCAUAUGCUUCAGUGGGAGAUGUAGACCGGGCGGUCGCAGCUGCCAAGGAAGCCUACGAAAAUGGUCCCUGGGGAAAGAUGAAUCCCAGGGACAGAGGGAGUCUACUCUACAAGGUCGCGGACCUGAUGGAGGAACACCAGGAGGAGCUGGCUACCAUUGAGUCUAUGGACUCGGGUGCUGUUUACACCUUGGCUCUGAAGACCCACGUCGGCAUGUCCAUACAGACCUUCCGCUAUUUUGCCGGCUGGUGCGACAAGAUCCAGGGCAAGACCAUUCCUAUCAACCAGGCCAGACCCAACCGCAACCUGACCUUCACUAAGAAAGAACCUCUGGGUGUGUGUGCCAUUGUCAUCCCCUGGAACUAUCCUCUCAUGAUGUUGGCAUGGAAGAGCGCUGCCUGCCUCGCAGCUGGGAACACUCUAGUGCUGAAACCUGCCCAGGUUACUCCACUGACAGCUUUGAAGUUUGCUGAGCUGUCUGUCAAAGCUGGAAUCCCCAAAGGAGUUAUCAACAUUUUACCAGGCUCAGGUGGCAUGGUGGGACAACGUCUGUCUGACCACCCAGACGUUCGCAAGUUGGGCUUCACAGGCUCUACGCCGAUUGGGAAACAAAUCAUGAAGAGCUGUGCGCUCAGUAACUUAAAGAAAGUUUCUCUGGAGCUGGGAGGGAAGUCACCGCUCAUCAUCUUCAGUGACUGUGACCUCGACAAGGCUGUUCGCAUGGGCAUGAGCUCUGUCUACUUUAACAAAGGUGAGAACUGCAUUGCUGCAGGUCGUCUGUUUGUAGAGGAGUCCAUACAUGACGAGUACAUCAGCCGAGUGGUGGAGGAGAUUAAAAAAAUGAAAAUCGGAGAUCCUCUGGACCGCUCCACGGACCACGGGCCACAGAAUCACAAAGCUCACCUCGACAAACUGCUGGAAUAUUGUGACAUUGGAGUCAAGGAAGGGGCAACGCUGGUGUAUGGAGGCAGACAGGUGGACAGACCAGGUUUUUUCAUGGAGCCCACUGUGUUCACUGGUGUUGAGGAUCACAUGUUCAUGGCAAAAGAGGAGUCCUUUGGUCCCGUCAUGGUUGUUUCCAAAUUCAAGGACGGUGACGUAGACGGUGUGCUAAAAAGAGCCAACGACACGGAGUACGGUCUGGCAUCUGGUGUGUUCACCCGUGAUAUCAACAAGGCCAUGUAUGUGAGUGAGCAGCUGGAGGCAGGAACAGUGUUUGUCAACACCUACAACAAGACGGAUGUGGCUUCACCUUUCGGAGGCUUCAAGCAGUCUGGCUUUGGCAAAGACCUGGGAGAGGACGCCCUCAUGGAAUACCUCAAGACAAAAGCAGUGACUGUGGAGUACUGAGCCUAACUCCCCCAGAACUUUGACUACCACAGGCAGAAGAAGAUAAAAAAGAGGCCUAGUUUGUCCUGCUCAUUUGGAUUCUGUGCGUGUCUGGCUGUAUUCUGUGCAUGUGGGUGAAAGGACAGUAUGGUUGUGGUUGUACAGGCCACUUUGGACACAUUGCUUGUCUCGGCUGGCGUGGACAUGGGACAUGUGCUGAAGUUUUUUAUAUAACACAACACAACCCAGACCCAGGGCUGGAUGCUUCAUCACAGAGACUUUUUUUUUUUUCAAAUACAUUUAUGACGUUCCAGAAAGAUGCUUUUUACACUGAAAAACACUAACACACACUAAAAUUCCACCAAACACUAGUUUCCCCGAAUUUGAUUUUAACAAGCUUAAAAAGAGAAGUAUAAGACUUGAAAAUAGGAGGCAUAAAAUGUUUAAAAUAGUUGAGUUUAAAAGAAAAAAAAAAGAUUCCUGCUCCUUGAGUUAAGCGUUUUAGGUUUUGGUGUCUCUGGAUGAUUUGAAAGCUGAAUUUGUUAAACGUAGAAAAGCUAGUAUCGUUGGCGUUGCAAUUGCCAAUCCUCUAUCAUCACGUCAAGAGAAAUUAGGCAAUUUUCCCAGGACUUCUAAUACAUGUGAAGCCACCUGCCUAUGGUGUUACAGCUGAGUGUGGUAGUUCAUGACAGACACCUACAUUGACCAUUACACUGACUCAGUACAGUCUAGUGCAGUAACGUUAAAGCAUUCAACAGGCUUCACUUACUUUCCUCAGAAAAAAAAGGCAAUUUCUUUACAGAAACACACGAUUUAUAUCCUAUUAUUAAAAGUAAAACUGUUUUUUAUUACCAGUACUUAUUUAUCCUGCUAACAAUUAGUUUAUAAAACAACAAAAGAAUAUUAAAAAUAUUAACCAGAAAGAGUUCCUUCAUGGCAGAAACACUGUUAAACACGGUUUGUGUCUGUAGAAGAAGUUCUUCCCACGUUCUGUAUGAACACCUGAAUGUCACUUAGGCUAUUUAAGGACCUGUGGUCUCGGUUUAAUAGCGGGUCACAACUAAUGUUUUAGGCGCAUACUGUCACCUAGUGUACUGGAGUGCGUAGUGCUAUGGUAUGACCAUUGACUUUUUGUAAUAACAGCCUGCUCUUUUCGCUUUGAUGCGUGACUUUUUUAUUUCAACCGAUUUUUAAUCGGUUCAUGAUGCAUCGUUAUAUCCCUAAUAUUUACUCAUGUGAUCUAAACAUACUUUAUAUGUUGGGUCACUGAUUAAUUAAUGUAGCUGUAUGCCCCAAUAUGAUUCAGUUCUUACAACACAAUGUCCCUACUACACACUAUAGAACUUAUUCACUUUAAAUUUUUGGCUAUCAAACUGUUUUGAUCGCAACAUAAAGACAACAUUAGCCACCAAGUUCACACUGACGGACUAACAUGGAAAACCUGGAAAAAAGUUAAUGUACAAAAGCUAACUCCAAGGCUACGCAAAGCAAGCAUUUCAAUUAUAUUUUAUUUAUUAUCGGUAUUUAAUUGAAAUAAUAUCGACAAUCCCUGUAAAAUGUUACUCCCAUACCUGUAGCAAGGUACGAGUUGAGGUCACUUGAGGUCAACAGAGCAGGAAAGAAUAGUGGCUCAAUUCAAAUGAUAAAAAGAAAUUCCACUUUUAAAGUGCUUUUUUUAAAGUCAUAAAUUAGAUUUCUCAGCCGAACGAGUGACGAAAAGGGAAUCUUAAUAAUCAUUCAGCCGUUGAUGUCCCAUUUUUAAAAUUUUAUUUUAAAAAAAUGACUUUUUCAUGAGGUAGAAUCCACCCCACACACAUCUGAUUAAUUCUCACACUUUAUUUGUACGAUUUAGCGUCUUCUCUACAUGUGUAUGAAUUGCCAUCAAGUGCUUUGUUUACAUGGGUCUAUUUCCACCUCCUCAUUUUACCUCUUCUUUUUCCACUCGUCAAAUUUGACUUAAUCUUUUUUGUAAAUAUUUGUUAACUAGAGAACAGAAAUACCUUUAAUCUUAUAUAUUUUUGGACAUUUGUCAAACAAAGGAACACUGUGUAUUUUGUUCACACAAUGACUUCAGAUGUUUUAUGCGUAAGGCAUUUGGACAUAGGUUUUUCUAAUUGUUCCUUGUGUCAGUGAAGGCAAAAAGGGCUAUGCAAGCGACAAAGUCUCCAGCAUUGUAUAAAAUAAAUCACAAUAUAUAAGGUCUGUUUAUGUCACUAUGCUGAAUAAAGUCAAUUUGAAUAGAU